CGUACGAUAUUACAACCAAUCCCUAGUGCACCUUACGGUGUUGUUCUAACUACUACACGGUUUGACUCGGGUACAGUUUCACGUUUUUUAUUAACACCACCUAAACUUAUAUAUUCUCCGUGAGUAUCGAGAAACUUGCUGCAAAGUCAUCUUAAAAAAGGCCACCGUGCACUAUGCAGAUACAUCGUGUGGGAUGUAGGUCAAGUUUAUUUACUCCGCGUUAAAAACACCGAAAUAGAAAACUAGAACUAGAAGUUGUGUCAACCACGCAGGGAACAACACAAGUACUUGCUGUCUCUCUCUAAGACUUCUUGUUACCAUACAAGCAAUUGACUCUGCCGGUGACGGUGGUCCUGCAUGACGUGACGAUGUCCGGACACAGGAGACUUACAACCUGUUUGCUCGUGCUUGUUUUAGGCCUGGUAUGCUUUUGUCAUUGUGUGGGCGCCGGUCAGAUACCGUGCUACACGUCGGACCCCAAUCCCUAUCGACGGUACAGCACCAAAUCAGCAUACGCCGAGAUACCAGCGGUGACAGGGGGAACGGACACGGGGAGAAGUGACACCGUGGACGCAGACUGCUACCCUGUAAUGAUCUGGCAUCUGCUUCGCCAUGGAUACCGUUACCCUGCAGACAGCGAUAUAGAACUCUUUAAUGCCUUACUGCCAGUAUUUCGGGACAACAUUGUUGCCAAUACUACAGUAUCUAACCAGUUCUGUGCCGGAGAUCUCGCGGCGCUGCGAGACUGGAAACCGAGAAUGGAUCCAAGCGAUGGUUCUAAAUUGGUCAUGACCGGCUAUGAAGAAAUGAUGCGUAUUGCUAAAAACUUCCGGAUUAAGUACCCAACUUUGCUGAACGUUUCAAUCGACGACAUGCUUGCAUCCUUCCACUUCCGACAUACAGACACUGAGCGGACCCGAGAGAGUGCCAAGUCGUUUGCAAAGGGAUUGUUAAAGCAACCAGGUAUGACCGACCAAGAACUGGAGGCGCUUGUCAACAGAAUACCGAUGACCGUGUAUCCAACGACAAAUGACCGUCUGCUUCGAUUCUUUGAUGCCUGCGAGAGAUACAAAAAGACCAUAAGGAGCAAGCCUGUUGCGGAACUAGACAAAUUUGACAACGGCUCAAUAAUGUCGGAAGUUAUUGCUAACAUAUCAAGGAGGAUUGGACUGAGACAAAACAUGAACAUUUCCGUGUCGCAGUCCUUGUGGCUCGCUUGCGCCAGUGAAUAUGCCAUAUAUGGCUUGACUCAAGACAGUACCGUCAAAAAUUCCAGUGCUGCUCCCUGGUGUUCGGUUUUUAGUCAAGACGACCUGAAGGCAUUUGAAUACAGAACCGACCUAGCUUAUUAUUAUAAAAACUCUUACGGACAUAAGCUCAGCUAUGAACAGGCCUGCCCUCUUUUGAAAGAUUUCAUCGGAUCAAUUAGGAAUGCGACAACGAAAGACAAUUUUACCAAAGUUGUUAUUCGAGUUGGGCAUUCGCCGACAAUUGUGCCAUUCUACGCAAAUUUAGGGCUCUUCAAGGAUUCAAGACCAUUGACAGCUGACAACUUCCUCUCCCAAGGGAACAGAAAACUCAGAACAAGUUACAUAGACCCAAUGGCAUCCAACAUAAACUUUGUCAUCUACAAAUGUGGAAACGCCCACAAAUUUAAAAUGCAUGUGAACGAACGCGAGACCACGUUCCCCGGAUGCAAUGGCGUGUUUUGUGACAUCGAAACACUGAUGGGCUCUGUAGGGAAAGCCGCAGACACGUGCGAUUUUGAUCAGAUGUGUAAAUGGCCUAUUCACCCAUCAACAGGAGGAGCCACAAGAGCUGAUGGUGCCAUGACGUUCUGGCUGAUGAUUUUUUCCAAGUUUCUUAUGCCUGUCGUAUAAUUAGACAUUUUGUUAUGUUUUUUCUUUGACCUGUUGUAAUACGUACGGUCACCUUCUCUUGCGCAUAAUGUGUAAAUUAUUCAGUGAAUGUUUUAAUUAUUCAGUCACAAGAUGCCUAACGUAGGCUACUAUCGCGCCUUUGGAACCCAUUUGGAACCGCAAUUCAGGUUGCACACAUAAUUUCAUAUUGCAUAAUUUCGUAUUAUCAUUUUAAGCGUUUAUUGCAUGUAUAAACAUAAUAAUCUUGC